CUCUGGACCUCUUUCAGUUAUUAAUCGGCCAUCAUCCCAUGCCUUGAACCUGGUGCGUCAUCGAGGGUGGGAGGAUCGCCGAUGCCAGAUGACAAGAGACAAAGCCGAUCAGGUCAUCAUCCGCUCACGUGAUCGGGUCUGGAAGCAGUGGGGGUUGCCUUCAUUAGUAGCAUACAUUAUUCAUCGUUUUCUCCCAGGGUUAGUGAUGAGUUAUGCAGUAACUCGCCACGGGUGUUCCUUCACUAAACCUCCUUUGUAAUACGGCCAGCCUGAAGGCAUCUACCGUGACUGCGCGAGGGUCGCACGGUCCUUCACCAAUGCACCAAUCUGGCUCGCUUAAUUGCAGAGCAGAGGAAGUUCCUCGAUGCUGGCUGGCUCUCUCCCCGCACUUGCCACUCUUAGUCACUUGCAGCACUGCAUCUCUGGCACCACCCAGACUUCCUCAAUUCUCCAAUCGUUCUAGCUACAAUCCCUUGACUCAGCAGCCGAUGACCAAGCACCUCCCCGGAUUUGCAGAUCCUUGCGGGGUGAGUAAUCCGGCGACUUUGAGCUGCCGCAGUCCGGGUGCUACGAGGGCGUGUGACCGGGCCAUUUCGGGCCAGCCAGGGAG